AUGACCACCCCGCCAGGCUCCUCUGCGGAGGAAGUCGAGACAGGCGCCGGUCACGAGCCGUCGCCCACAGCCUCGGCGCUUCCGAGCCAUGGCGCUCCGCCUUCCGAGUCUCAGCACUCCCCAGCGCCUGUCGUUCCCCUCCUUUCGCCUUCCUCGGCCCCAAUCAGCGCGCACACACCUGAGGCUGCAUCUCUUCUAGACACUGCGCAGCCUCAAACAGACUCGCUGGUCGCACACGACGCGCCAAGCAGCAAUCAUGCGCCUGCACAAAGCUCAGUUGCACAGUCUACAGCGACAGUCUCAGCCGACUCUGCCGCUGCAUCCACUUCCGGCGCCGCCACGCUAUACGACCUUGUGCAGAGCAGAAAACGCAAGCGAUCCCCUUCUCCACCUUCAGCCCUCACUCUGCCAGCGCCGGCGUCAACAUCAUCGUCGUCGGCACCACCAGCCACUAUAGCGCAUUCAACUCCGCCGUCGCAGCCAGCCGACCAAGGCGUCACCAACGGCACUGGCGCCGCAGACACAUCCUCCGCCGCUCAGUUCGUUGCCGCUUCGGUAGCGCCGACGUCCAUCAGCUUUGGCUUUGGUGGAUCCAGCAUCGCGCCGUUGGUGCACGCCUCGGCGUCGAGCAUCUCUGCAGACGCCGCUGCAGAGCGCCAGAGCCUCAGCGUCAGCGUGCCGAGGUCCGACCUCGCCGCCGAUCCCGCCACUGCACCCCAGUGCCUGAUCAGCAGCGCCGCCAGCACCGACAGCAUCUUCAUUGCCUCAGCGCCGCCUGCCAAGCGGAUGAAUCGGAGCCGAACCCCUCCCGCCGCUGCCAUCACCUCCGCCACCACCGACUCUGCACCUGCACCCGCACCCGCACCCGCACCUGCACCUGCUGCCUCCUCAGCCUUCCUCCCUCCUCCAUCACCAUCCUCCUUCAACACCACCUCCCCCACCCUCGUUCCUACCCCCAUCGCCGCAACAACCCCUAUCUCCACCCACCCCCUCCCGCACUCAUCCGCCGCCACACGCACGAGCACAGACGACACCACAUCCGCGCCCUCCGGCUCGGUUCCUAUGAGCCCGGCUGCAUCAGCCGCCGCCCUUUCCGACACGCCAGCUGCCCCUUCCGUCAAUCUCGCCGUCACCAUCGCCGGCGACCCCGUCCACGAAUCCGACAAGCGCCCCUCUCCUGCCAACCACGCGGACGACGCUCAGCAAGGGCGGCCGCUCGACGGCGACGCCCCGAUCUCUGAUCUUUCCGCCUCGUCAUCUGCUUCUGCUGCUGCGCCGGCUGCUCCGGCCGAAUCCAGCGUCCUGGACCGCAGCUCGGCUGCCUCGGCUGCAGCCGCUCAUCCUGAUUCCUGCGACGCGUCCAAUUUCCAAAUCCCUCGUGCCCGCAGCCCACCAUCCACACCCGCUGCCGCCGCCGAGACACACUCCGCAGGUGCCUCUUCAAAUCCGUCCGACGAUGCACUCCAAAAUUCCGAUCUCGCCCCGCUCCGCCAAAAUUCCAUUUCGGUCAAUAUUCCUCCAUCCUCGCCACGCCUCGCAGGUGGUGGUGCAUCCGAUGGCGUCGACCUCGCAAAAUCCGAUCUCCGAUCGAACGCGUCCACAUCCGAUCCGCUGACCGAUUCAAUCGCACCGGCCACCAACCACACCACAUUCGCUUCUCCCCUCUCUCGUGCUGCAGCUGAUGAGCAAGCUGUCGAUCAUUUGGAAUCGGGUGCCGAGUCGCGUACCGGCUUGACAGCAUCCACGAAAGCGUCUUCCUCAUCAGACACGCUGUCGAAGCCGUCGGCGACAGACAAGAAUGGAAUUGCAGGCCAAGCUGCAUCGCCGUCCUUGACGGCAGCAUCGUUUGUGCAAGACGCCGCACCGCCAUCCCAGCCGGCGUCGGAAGCGCUCAACGAGAUGCAGAGCGAUGCGCCAUUACAGGUCCACGUUGAGGUCGAAUCCCCAGACGAGCCGACCCCGGGAAAAGACAGCAUCUCUCUGGCGCUCUCCACCGCCGUUGCCUCGCAACAGUCGACUCCAAGCGCUCAGACGCCGCAGCCGACUUCGACUAUCAGCACGCUCCAACUCGCCUCCGAAGCCUUGUCGAGCAUCCCAAAACAUGGCUCGCCCAGUGAUGCCAAUGUCAACUCUGCUGCCGCAGAGCUCUUGACGGCUCUGCACCAGAGAACCAAAAAGGCCUCAGCCAUCCGAAGCCCACAUCCCGGCUCCGUUCGAUCUCGCAGUGCUGCCACCACGCCCGUUCCGCCCUCGCUCUUGCUCGGCUUGAAGCACCCCUCCCUCGACAUCACCGCACAGUCGUCUCGAGCCACGACACCGACGCGCACGCCCUCUGGCCGUUCCAAACGUCGCAGGCGUGAACGCAAUGCUGCCGCAACACCCACAGCUGCCGUGUUGGCGCUUCCGAGCAUCGACGCGAGCGACCGCAGAAGAUCGGCACGCGUGGCGAAAGCCGUCACCGCAACAGCGUCCGACAACACCUCCGGCCCCAAUCUGGCGCUCUUUGGCUUCUCGCCCUACCUCGAGAACCUCGUCAUGAAUGCAAAGGAGACCGACCGACGCACUCGCUCCGGCGGCAGAACCGUUCGUCCGCCUGCCGAUCGCGCGCCCGCCAGAGGCAAGCGCUCAGCAGCCAAGAACAAGACUAAGGAAGUUGAUCCUGACGGCCCGGACGAUGAAGCAAAAUCAGAGCUGUAUCGUCAGCUGUGCAUUCUUUCCUACCAGCUCCAGGCCGACCUCGAUAUGGUGCCUGUUCAGUCGCUCGAGCAGCUUCGCGCCCGCUUUGCGUCACCUCCGCCGGCGGACAAAAUUGACGACUCGCAUAACAAUGCCCCUCUUCUCGCGCAUGACACCGCCCAUAGUCUCGAAACCAGUGCGACGCGGUCCGAUAUCCUCAACCCCGCCGCAUCAGGCUACGAUCAGCCGCAAAAGCCUGGCGCUGUCGAGUCCGUUGCAUACGACACCAUUGUCAAGACGGAACCUCCUCAGUCGCCUCAGCUGACAAAUGCGGCUGCGUCUCAUACACGCCCGCCCUUCUCUCCCGAAUCUUCGCCCGAGGUCGCUCUGAUGGACACGGCUCGCGCGACAUACGGCACUGCGCCCUCAUACAUCUCCGCCUCUUACGCACAAGGCCCGUAUCCGAGCUACGCAAGCGAUCAGCCUUACUCGUGGGGCCACAAAGCGGAAAGUAUCGAGGACGAACCCAUGUCGCCGGUACUCAGGCCCGCCCGCUCCAACAUCAUGUCCAUCUCAGCGCUCAUGAGCGGCCCCAGCCCAAAGGCGCGUUCGCCGACACCGCCACGCAUCCCAGCAACCCCGCCAGUGCCCUCGUACAUGCAGGCCUGGACGGAUGAGGACGAGAUGGCGUCUCAGAUCCUGCAGGCCUGCGCCGCCGCCAACCUGAAGCUCGACACGACCGAGCUGGACCGCCUGACCAAGAUCGCUGAGCUCGCCGCCUUUGAUCUCCCUGCGCCCUGGCACGAAGAGACGGGCCAAGAUGACAGCGACGAGGCUGAGCGCGCCGACCGGGAGCGCUACGAGCGCUUCUGCAAGUUCGCCCCAGACCGACUUGACCCCCUCGACACACUCGAUACCGAGGAGCUUUACGCUCGCGAGGAAGCAGAGUACCUCGAGGAGAUGCAAGCCAGCGGCGAGCUGUACGAGAGCAUCCGCUACCUGUCCAACUUUGACGACGUUGUGGACGAAUGGCGAGCGGGCGAGCUGUCGCGACUGCGACUGCAGCUUGAGAUGCGAAAGGCCGAGGUUGAACGCAUCUGGACGUGCGACCGCAAGCUUGCCUGGUCGAACUACAUCGACGCUCGCGCUGGUCCGUUGUAUCGCGAGGCCGCGUUCGAGGCCAGGCAUGCGCGAUGGCAGGCCGAAAUGGAGCUCGAUCUGCUGGCCGUGCAUCGCCGAAAGACGCGAGGCUACGCCAAGCUUACGCACAACAUCUGGGCUCCCCCAACCGCUGGUGUCGAAGAUCCGGACAGCGUGGCUCUGUACAAGAAGUUUGGACGUUUCUUGUCCGCGUCGAGAAACGCGGAGAUCGAGGAUCCCUUGGUCCGUGCAGACCUUCGAAAGAUGCAGAAGGCUUGGCGAGAGCACAAGCGACGAACGCGAAAGAGCGAGCGUGCUCAGGAGGAGAUCGACGAUGCGGAUCGGCCCACGUCCGAAGCUGCGCUCCCUGGCGACGGAGAGGCCAACGAACAGGCGAUGUCCAUCGCCUCGUCGGAAGCGUCCGACUGGGACGAGGACUACGAUUCGGACUCCUCCUACAUGUCGUCCGAGUCGGGCAUCUCGUCGCUGCCGUCAUUCAGCUCCGUCUGCAGCUCGCCGCGCGUGCCGAGCCUGGCUGACAUCGACGUGAUCAUCUCGGAUGCGGACGGCUUGGUGUCCGAAGCGGUCUCACUGCUCGGCGCGGACAGCGACUCUGACGGCGAUGCAGACGAGAGUCUGUGGGCGCGGCAGCUGCGCCUGGCCAACCAGUCAGCUGCAUCGAAAGACGCAACAGACGUUAGUGCCGCGGCUUCGGGGUUGCAGACGCCCGCCGAGGUCGGAGACGGCGCUAGAUCGAUGGUCUCCAGUAGGGCGCCCAGUCCGGCACUUUCUUCCAAGCUCGUCCAGGACCAGCCGCGUGACAGGAAGAGGAAGAGGAAAAAGCCUCCGCCGCCGGGAGCUCGGCUGUGGAAGAAGGGGCGCGUUCAGCGGGAUCCUCCGGACGGAGAGAUCGACGAGGCUGAGCCGUCGACGAUGCAGGCUUCCAAGUCUCAGCAAGCCGAUGGUCGAUACGGCGAGUCCGACAGGAUGCGAUCGAGCCCGAAGCAGGCGCCUGCCAUGGGCUUCGACGCUGCACAGGCUGGAGACUUUGUGCCAAGUAGCUUCCACAACAUGCGCGACGACCCCAGGUCCAACAUGCUGGCAACCCCUUCGUAUGCCGGUUAUGGGGCCAGGGCGGGAUACGGCGCCGCGCGCGAGUUCGACUACGAUCGCGAACGUGCUCUGCACGAUCCGUAUGCGCAUCCCAGCUAUCCUGUGUAUCAGCACGGAUACCCGGCGUUCCAGGAGCCGCCGAUGCCGAAGUACAGCGAGGAUGCUCCCAUGGCUGAUGCCAGGUAUGCGUACCCGCGUGUGACACCGCCGCUCGAGAUGCAGCACGACGCUCGCUACGCCUACCCAUACCCGCCGCCGCCGCGCGCUGCAGCGUACCCGCCUGCCAACCCGCCUCCCCCGCACCCGCCGUCGCAGUGGCGAUACUGA